UUUAUGCAGAGAUCUAAAGGGCUGAAGGAAAAAAGCCAGCCACAAGAACAGAAGAACAACUAUUGAUGUUGAAUAAGGGAGUUGCUCUUUUCAUACAGCUAUAUUUCAAAUACUGGAAUUACAGUUAAUCUCAAGUACCAGCCAUUUGAAGGCGUGUGCCCCAGACUAGUCAUAGGAACUACUUAUUUUUACUGGAACGUUCUGUUUCCAUCUACCAUCACCGCAAAAUGGAACCCAAUAGCCCUAAAAAGAUACAGUUUUCUGUCCCAAUUUUUCAGAGCCAGUUGGAUCCAGAAGCAUCUGAACAGAUAAGAAAGAGAAGGCCGACACCAGCAUCACUGGUUAUUUUGAAUGAUCACUGCACACCGCCAGAAAUAGAUGACAAGAGGAUUAGCAGCACACAUGAAGAAAAUGUGUCUCCUAAGCAGAGGAAGCAAAGUGUUUAUACCGCCCCAGCCAUGAAAGGUACUGUUCAGGGGUUAAGCAGAUGAAAAACAAGAAUGAUUCUCCCUUUCCAGAGGAAGACGAAGGUGAAGAUGAAGAGGACGAAUGUGACCACUGAACAAAAAUCUGGUGGAUUUUUUUUAUUUAUACUAAAUAAUCUCCAGUCUGUUUUGUAGACAGUCUUGUUAAAUGGAAGAAUCUUUAAAGUCAUUUUUGUACCUAAAUACACAAUUGUGCAUUCGGAAUGGUGUUUCUUCAUUGAUCAAGAUCUAUAGAGCAAUUAAUCAAAAAUCAUAACUAGCAUACAGUAUAAUUAUAUCAAACUGCCAUUCCAUAACAGUGUCAUGAAUAUCCUGUUUGUCACUUAACCAUAUUAUUACCCCUACUGAUUUGCUAAAAGAUGUUUGCAAUCAUUUAAAAUGAUUCUGUAAAUAGAAUUAAUUUAAUAAACCUGCCAUAUAAAUAAAUAUUUAGAGAAAACUGA